CACCCGCCCCAGACUCGCGCAAGCCCGUCCGAUCACCCUGCAGAGUACCCUCGCCAUUCCCCCGCCCCCGGACGGGCCAAACCAACCCUGACCCCUCCCUCGUCUGCAGCAAGUGGCAGCGGGAGAAGGGCGGUGGCGUUAUCACGUGAGGGGCCUGCCUGGCUCUUGGCUCCCCGCGCAGCCUCGCCGGAGCUGACCCCCGUCUCUCUUCGGAUCCUUCCGUCGUCUGGCGUGGCCUGGCCCGUCCUGGCGCAGUGUCGCCUAGCCCCGCGCAAGUAUGCCUAGCAGCGAAGCGGUGCCGGUGGGGCUGGGUGCCUGCCGCAGGUCGGGGGCACUGGCCGGGAUGCUGGCAUUGGUGGCGCGGCUGCUGGAGUGGCUGCGCUCGCUGUUCUGGAAGGAGGAGAUGGAGCUCACCCUGGUGGGGCUGCAGUACUCGGGCAAGACCACGCUGCUCACCGUGCUAGGGUCGGGGCAGUUCACAGAAGAUAUGAUUCCUACGGUAGGCUUCAAUAUGAGAAAAAUAACAAAAGGAAAUGUUACCAUAAAGGUAUGGGACAUUGGAGGGCAGCCAAGGUUUCGAAGCAUGUGGGAGCGUUAUUGCAGAGGAGUCAAUGCAGUUGUUUACAUGGUAGAUGCAGCAGACUUGGAAAAAGUAGAAGCUUCAAAGAAUGAGCUACACAGUUUGAUAGAUAAGCCACAACUGCAUGGAAUUCCAGUGUUAGUCCUUGGAAAUAAAAGAGAUCUCCCAGGUGCACUGGAUGAAAAGCAGCUAAUUGAGAAAUUACAUAACAUUACAGUGGCUUAUUCAGCACACCAAAUCAAGACACUGUUGAAGGAAACUUUUCCCAAUCACUUUGAACUCCUGUCAGCUCUACACAAGUGUGAAAAGAUAAAAGACUGCAAGUGCAUACUACCAGGACUCGCUUUGAUUGUGUUUGUUAAUCGAAAUAAAACUGAAUUACAGCUUGUUUCUUUAUCUUGAUUCUUUAAAAAAAAAAAUUCAUAUACUUCUCUGCCUAAGUGAACUUCCUCAGCACCUUAAUACAAGACUGAUGGAAGUCAAUACUUUCUGGAGCUGAAAUGUUUUGAGUUUAUGCAUGUGAAUUGUUAAAUACUUAGUAAUCUUUUUCUAAUUUGAAACUGAAUAAACUGCACAGUUGGAAAAUAA